GCCCCUCCCGGGGGCGGCUCCGCGGCGGCGGCGGGAGCCGCGCCCGGCCGAGCCCAGUGGAGCUGCGUUGCCUGUUUCCCUCCCUGCGUCCUUCUGCGCGGUCUCGGGAUGUCGUCGGGCGGCAGCCUGAGCACCAUGCAGCGGCUGGUGGAGCAGCUGAAGCUGGAGGCGGCCGUGGAGAGGAUCAAGGUCUCUCAGGCAGCUGCAGAGCUCCAGCAGUACUGUUUGCAAAAUGCCUGCAAAGAUGCCUUGCUUGUUGGGGUUCCUGCGGGGAGCAAUCCCUUUCGAGAACCCCGGUCCUGUACUCUACUCUGAAGUCAGGCUCCUUCUGUUCUUACUGUUGAUACAGCACCAAAAGCGUUGGAAGCAGAGAGGACCUGAGGCAAUGUGUAAUCACAUCCAUUGUAACCUGUGUUGGGUUUGCGUGGCAAGGUUUUGGUAGCGGGGGGGGGCUACAGGGGUGGCUUCUGUGAGAAGCUGCUAGAAGCUCCCCCUGUGUCUGACAGAGCCAAUGCCAGCCGGCUCCAAGACGGGCCCGCCGCUGGCCAAGGCCAAGCCAAUCAGCGCCUCUGUGAUAACAUAUUUAAGAAGGGGAAAAACACUUAGAGAGAGAGAGCUUUUGCAGCCGGAGAGAGGAGUGAGAAGAUAUGAGAAACUGCAGGCACCAAGGUCAGUGCAGAUGGAGGGGGAGGAGGAGCUCCAGGCGCCGGAGCAGAGAUCCCCCUGCAGCCCGUGGUGAAGGCCAUGGUGAAGCAGGCUGUCCCCCUGCAGCCCAUGGAGGAAGGAUGAGGGGGUGUAGAGAUUCCACCUGCAGCCCAUGGAGGACCCCACGCCGGAGCAGGUGGAGGCACCUGAAGGAGGCUGUGGCCCUGUGGGAAGCCCACACUGGAGCAGGCUCCUGGCCGGACUGGUGGACCCAUGGAGAGGGGAGCCCACGCCAGGGCAGGUUUGCUGGCAGGACUUGUGACCCCGUGGGGGACCCACGCUGGAGCAGUCUGUUCCUGAAGGUCUGCACCCUGUGGGAGGGACCCACGCUGGAGCAGUUGGUGAAGGACUGUAGCCCGUGAGAGGGACUCCAUGCUGGAGCAGGGGAACGAUGAGAGGAGUCCUCCCCCUGAGGAUGAAGAAGCGGCAGAGACAAUGUGUGCUGAACUGACCACAACCCCCAUUCCCCGCCCCCCUGUGCCGCUGAGGGGGGAAGGUUGAAGCCGGAAGUGAAGUUGAGCCCGGGAAGAUGGGAGGGGUGGGGGGAGGUGUUUUAAGAUUUGAUUUUAUUUCUCAUUCCUCUACUC